UUUUGAGCAUCCUCCUGAGUAUUUGGCUUCGUGACCCACAAGCUUGUCCAGCUGUGCGACUUCAGAGAAAGCUGAUUGGCUCAAUCGCAAGUGCUUUUUUUCUAACGGCAAGACGGUAAUAUAUUUGUUACAAAGCCUCACAAUCAACAGUUCCUACAGCAACACAACAGGACUUGGACUAAACAGAAAAACAGAGUCUAUGGCUGUGCCGGGGAACUCACUACCGAUACUGCUUCUCGGUGCGUAUUUUGCGCUGACGGUCGGAGCAGACUGCGAGAAGGACUGUGCGCUCUGCCUCAACCGUCUACGGGGGCAUCAGACGGCGAUUACCACUCUGACAUGCUCAAUAGAAUGUGAGGGCAGCCUGGACACCACGAAGCUCCGCCUCUGCCGAGACGUCCUAUUGGAGGAGGUAGAUGACAUCAAACAGGAAGAGGUGCAGGGUCAGCAGCACCAACUGGCCAAGAAGUAUGGCGGCUUCAUGAAGCGCUACGGGGGGUUCAUGAUCAGGAGGCGCUCACCCGUAGAGGGGCGAGUGCAGGGAGGAGAAAACAGCCCGGUGGCUGAGGAAGAGGACAUCCGUUUGGAGAUCCUGAAGAUUCUGAAUGCAGAGGCUGAGGGCCAGAGGGAUGAGGAAGUGGCCAAGCGCUAUGGGGGGUACAUGAGAAGAGCGGGGGACUUGGGGGGCCUGGAGGGGGUGGGCAGGCCAUUGAAGAAGCGCUAUGGGGGCUUCAUGAGAAGGGUGGGAAGGCCUGAGUGGCUGGAGGAUCAGAAGAACCAGGGGGGUUUCCUGAAGCGCUCCUGGGAGGGGGAGCAGGGUGACUCCCCCCUGGCUGAAAUACAGAAGAGAUAUGGAGGAUUCAUGGACUAGGGGUCGGCCCCUCCUCCAACCUCUCCUGAGUCUGGACUCUCAAUGUUGAUUAGAUUAUCCAUUCUUGUUCCGCUGUAGAGCUUCACUGUCAUGAUUUUUGUUUGAUUGGGUAUAAUGUGACAAAAAAAGAGUACUGUAUAUGUUUUAUGGUUUUGGUUAUUUAUAAAAUAACCUGUGUUCGUUGUGGUGUACGAGGCUGGGGCAUGUGUGGAAAACAAAUCGUGGCAUGACCUGUUUGUUUUCUUUCCCUUUGUCUUGCCAUUGGUUUUUAAAGGGAUAGUUCACUUUUUUUAAAUGUUAGUUGAGUUUCCACUUAAAAACUGUCAUCCAAACUAUUUUUAAGUUUGUUAGUUGGUUAUUUAGAAAUGGCCAGACUCUCCUGGCGAGGUAACAUUAAGCUACAGCUUCAAAAAAGUUAAUUAUCCCUUUAAGUGGCCAUAGAAUAUUUUCUGAAGCUUCCAUUUCCACCACAAAGUCUCACAAAAGGCUGUAACUAUGGGGGAGCAGGCUAUUGUGGCCUUCCCAUUGGUGGUUUGGUCUUUGGAACUGAAGGGCCCAUCAAUGUUAUCUGCUUUGUUGUUGGAACAUGGAGGUACCCUACUCUAAGUACUGCUAUACCAGUGUGUUGUAGUUAUCCAUCUAAUGGCAGUGUGUCGGUCGCUUUUCAUUGUUAUUAUAAUAACCAUGUUGCUCUUUCCACAGUGCUCACACUUAUCCCAGUAUGCUGAUGUUGAAACAUGUUGCUUUCAGUCGAUAAAUGCCCUAAUUUUUUCUUCUUUCUAUUGAGAACAGAGCAGCAUUUCAGACCAAUUAGUUGUACAAAACAUAAUAAACCCAUGUAUCCUGCAAAAAUAA